UGAAAAUAGUGAAAUAAUUUAAUAAAUAAUUAUCGUGAAUUCAUGAACAAUUUAAGCGUUAUUAGGGUGCAAAAUGAAUUUAUGUAGAGCAUGCCUGUCUUCGGACAAGGAAUUAUUUCCAUCUGAUGAUAGUUUUGCUUGCAAUUAUAAUUUACUUACCAAUAUAAACGUGAAAUAUUCAGAUGGAAAGUCGCAAUCAUUUUGCCAAAAUUGUGUAGAAGCCGUCAACUGCUUCAUUGAGUUCAGAAACAAAUGUCUUUCUGCUGAACAGACAUUGCUUGGAAUAGUGGAGCAGGCACUUAAGACUGAGUCACAACUGCCACAAGGCAUUAAAACCGAAAUAAAGUGUGAAAAUGAAGAUUUUGCCAGUGAUAUUUAUUUUGACGAUGUGCUACAUGAAUCCGCUGAAAUUAAAAAAGAAGAAUGUAGUGUUCAUAUUAAAAAAGAAAGGCCUAGUAGACAGUGUAAGAUAAAGAAAACCAAAUAUGUGAAAAAGAAGGAUUAUUCCAACAUUCUGGCUGGAGCCUCUGCUCAUGAGACCAGCGGUGUUCCCACUUGUGGGUUAUGUGGCGACGAAUUUAAAGACGCAGGCACGUUAAGGAAGCACAUAGGAAAACAUGAGAUCAUCCAGGGCUGCAAGUUUUGCCCGGCCACAUUCACGAGUCGCGCGCAGAUGUUCGCGCACCGGCUAUUGCACACGGCGCACUGCCAGGCUUGCCAUCUGUGCGGUAUUAAGUUCAAAUCGCAUACCAAUUUGGAGUUCCAUUAUAGGAACAUACAUGAUCGUGACAAGAGUGAUCCACUAAAAUGUGAAAAGUGUGAUAAAACGUUCAUUACUGCUAGAAAAUUGCGAAAACAUAUGUGGAGUUUACACAGUGACAAGGAAUUUACAUGUGAUAUUUGUUCCAAAAUGUUUAACAACAAAACGAACCUGAAAACCCAUGUGAGGAGCCACAGCGACGUCAAGCCAUACGUCUGUGACCUCUGCGGGUACAGCAGCAAGUAUUCCUCGGGACUCACGGCCCACAACAUCCGAAGGCACGCGCCAACCAAGUGCAUCUGCAAGGUGUGCGGCAACGCGUUCAAGGACGCCGAGAAACUGGCGCGGCACUCCUGCACCGACACCAGCCAGAUAUGCCCCGUGUGCGGCAAGUGUGUGAAGCGCGGGCUAAUUCGGCACAUGCGAGCGCAUUCUUCAGAAUGCCGCUACAAGUGCGAGCGCUGCCCCGCCGCCUACAAGAGCCGGUCGGCCCUUAAAGUGCACCGCGACAAACACGACAACAACCCCACCCAGCAGUGCGAGUACUGCCAGGCCCGCUUCUACUCAGGCUCCGUACUUAUCAAGCAUCGCCGCAUACAUACUGGUGAAAAACCAUACGCCUGCACCAAAUGCGACAUGCGGUUCACCGGCGGCCAUAACUUGAAGCUGCACAUGAAAGUGCACGGCGAGAACCUUAUCAACAAGAGGAACAAAGAACCAACCGACUGCUAGUAAUAAAACCAUACGCCUGCACCAAAUGGGACACGCGGUUAAUUGGCGGCCACAAUUUGGAGCUGCACAUGAAAGUGCACAGCGAGAACCUCAUCAACAAGAGGAAUAAGGAACCAACCGACUACUUGCAAUAAAAACCAUACGCCUGCGCCAAGUGCGACAUGCGGUUCACCCGCGGCCACAACCUUAACCCAUUCAAUGCCGAAGACGCGAAUUCGCGUCCUGUGUAUGCGUAAACGUGAUGCCGAGGACGCAAAUUCGCGUCCACGAGUUAUUUGUUUUUUUUUUUUUUUGCUAGAAAUCAACUGUACUUAAAAGCUGAUACGAAAAUGUUAUUUUAUUUAUGAAGGAUAAUAUUAUACCGUCGCUGGUUUCUGGAUUCAGCUUGCAUUUGUAAUUUUCAUAAUUCUUAUCUCGGAUGCCGAAGACGCGAAUUCGCGUCCUGUGUAUGCGUAAACGUGAUGCCGAGGACGCAAAUUCGCGUCCUUCAAGUGUGAAAUAACCUAAUGCCGCAGACGCGAAUUCGCGUCCUUCAAGUGUGAUAUAUAACCUAAUGCCGCGGACGCGAAUUCGCGUCCGUUGAAAUGUUAACGUGAUGCCGUGGACGCGAAUUCGCGUCGUCGCGUAGAAGGCGGCGGCACUGCGUGAUGAUUAAAAAUAUGAGGCGCCGGCAAUGAAUGGGUUAAGCGGCACAUGAAGGUCCACGGCAAGAACCUUAUCAACAAGAGGAGCAAAGAACCAACCGACUGCUAGUAAUAAAACCAUACGCCUGCGCCAAGUGCGACAUGCGGUUCACCGACGGCCACAACCUGAAGCUGCACGGCGAGAACCUUAUCAACAAGAGGGAAAAAACCAACCGACUGCUAGUAAUAAAAAAACAUACUGCUGCAACAAAUGCAUGCACGAGGAACCAAAGGAGACUUCUGAUUGUUGCUACCUAGGUAUUAUAGCAAUAUUUAUAGGUGUUCAGGGAAUCUUUCCUCAAAUACGAUUUAUUAAUAACAUGUUCAUCAUCGAACAAACAAUUAAAUUACUAUUUUUCAAAGUGAUUAGGUUGUGCCCAUAGCCAAAAUGGUAACUAUGACGGAAGUACGUCAAUUUUCAAUUAUGGUACCAGAAAAUCAUGAUCUUAAUGUUUACAUACACAUGUUGAAAUUAUAUAUUUCGUGCAUCUUUCAGUAAAGCGCUAAUUUAAUCUGAUAUUAGUGAUAAUUGUAUGUAUUUAACGACAUCCACGGUAUUACCAGUUGUAACGUCCAAAGUCUUGAAAAGGCUGAAAUAACUGUACAUUUAUUGUAUAUUGAAGGGUUUAGUUAUGUUUUAAUUAUUGUUGUAAAUAAAAAAUAUGGUUGUUUUAUUAUAAAAUUUAAUAAAUAUGUAAGUAAAAACAUUGUUGUUUUAGAAAACUGAUUUAUAAAUAAAAUUUACAAAAGCAUACCAAUAUGUCUAGUUAAAAGUAAAUGUAUCACAUACAAAAUGAAGUCUUUGGCAAGUACGGGAAGUACUAUUAUUACUAAAGUACCAGAAUAAUAUCCAAAAAAUUAAAUACUUAAGGUAUAAAAUGUGAUCACAACAGUGACAACGGUAUAUUUACUUAAUAAGUACUUAAACCUAUUUUAAAUCUAUCUGCGUUACUUACAAGCAAAGUUUCAACCGACGUCCGUUCGUGGCAAGAGAUUUAUUGAAGUAGAACAAUAAUUAACUUUAACUGUAUGAAAUUUAAAAGUAUUUUCUGAAACAGUAGCAAGUUCCUAAAAACGUUUUAUCUGCCGUCAAGUGCCUAGACGUCGGUUCUUAUGUGGAAGUAAAAAACAACUUACAGGUCCGACAAGGGAAUGUCUAAAAGUUUCAUUGUAAAGAUCAAUACUGUACCUAAUUAUAAUUUACAUUAAUCAGACUAAUCAAUAACCCACACUUCACACACGAAGUUGCCUUUAAAAAAGUUAGUUUGAUCGUUGUGUUUGACCUAGAUACUUAAUAUAAUCGUAGACAAAAAAAUGUGUAAAAUUCGAUCUAGUUACAUGAAACUAAAAACUAUCUCAAAAUAAUAAUGAACGCCCUUUUUCUUGCGUUGCAGUGUCUACUUGCACGUUCAUCAUCGGCUCGCUAUAAGUAAUAGCAUUAUUUACUGAACAACAAAUUGAACCAUAUCUCAGGGAUAUGACAUAAUUUUGAAACAGCAAAUUCCAUUUUGACAAGAUUCUGUGGGACCGUAGCUUCAAAAUUUUGAAAGGUUUUGGGCUACAUUGACUUUGAAAAUGUAAUAAUUGGUCGAAUACUUAGUGAAUGGGCAAUUGGACACAGUCCAGAUUAAAAAAUAUGAGUGGAUUUAGAACUGUAUCUACAAUUCAGUCGGUCACGAUAAAAGUAUGAGAUCGGUAAGACACGCUUCGAUACGAAAUGAUGAGGAUAUUUUCACACUUCAUUGUACCUUAUAACAGCGCUAUAUCGUCACUACUUUUAAAAAAUUUCGUAUCUCACACUGCUCCUCAAAGACAAAACGUAGUAAGUAUAUAUGCAUUCCAUACAUACUUAAUACAUUUUUCUCUUUAUUUACAGAAGAAGAUACAAGUUUUUUUUUAAAAGUAGUGCCGAUAUCUAUCAUGUAAAUUAAAACAUCGAUUAUAACGCCUCCAGUCUUGUCUCGCACAAAGACGUUGAAUAUUCCACGCUAAUUAAAAACAUUCUCGAAGCAGGGGAACGUGUUGCAGCCACGCGACGCAAACGCAUCAGUUGUCCACUUUCGCCGCGUCACGCACCAUAACUUAGGUAAAUAAGUGAAAUAAUGAAACACGGAAACAAUAGUAUUGUGAAGAUUGUAAAGAAAUUGAUAAACAGUAAUAAGUAGACGUAUCGUAUAUACCUACCACUAAAAGGUGCAUAUAACCUGCCGGCCUAGC